GAUAUCUUCCACGGUUUGGACCCCUUCCGGACACCAUGGCUUUGACCCAAGAAUCUCUCUUGUCUUUUCUACUGGAGCACGGAGGCAAAGUGAAGAACUCGGAGCUGCUGAACAACUUCAGGAGACAAAUCAACGGCAGCGAUCCCGCGGAAAAGCAGCACAAUAGGGACCUUUUCAAGAAGCUGGUGAACAGCGUCGCGGUGGUGAAACAGAUCGACGAGGUGAAGUUUGUGGUUGUGAAGAAACGGUAUCAGGACUUUGUUAAAGAGGCGGCACACGAUGCCUCGCACGAGACGCAGAUGGAUGACAGUCUCUCGAGCCAAAAUGCGAUCUUUUCGUCCACGUCUCCUGAUCGAGCCGAGUCCGCCAGGAUCAUUUACUCUGACAUUGAGAACAAUAACAAGUGCUUUCCCUCACGUACGAAUGGAAACUAUUACAGUGGUACAACCACCGUCAAAGUGCUGAAUGUCCCCGCAGACCAGGCGAGCAGAGCGAGGAAAUCUGGCGCUGUGUUCGCCGUCAUAGCAGUGAAAUCCCCUCCGAGAGACCCUGCACCAGGUACGCAGCAGGAUGGACUACAUUCCCAAGUGCAUCCGGAUUCAACGUCGGACAAACCAAUCACGUUGGUAAACAAGGUUUCUACACCACCAGUGCCCACUCUGAAUCCUAUCUUUCCAGCUUGCAAUAAGGGGUCACGAAGUGACUCCCAAUGUUGGAAAACCCCACUGACAGAGCACGUGAAAACCCCCGGUGCCCCCCUGGUGAGGCCCCAAAACAAGAGAGAUGAUGCAAAGUACUCAGAGUGCGUCCCCUUGGAGCCAUUAGCUCAUGAGUGGCUGGUAAAGUGUGCGGCGGGGCUGUGGGGACACAUCUACGGUCUGCUGCUGCAGGACACGCGCUUAGCGCAGAAGAAAGACUUCAUGUCAGGUUUCACAGCCCUGCACUGGGCUGCGAAGAACGGCAACAGCGAGAUGAUACACCACAUCGUGGAUAUCUCCAGGAAAAGAGGCACGUAUGUUAACAUCAACAGCAAAGCGCAUGGAGGAUACACGCCUUUGCACGUCGCAGCCAUGCACGGGCACAGUGACGUAAUGGUUUUGCUCCUGCAACGUUAUGGAGCAAAUGUAAAUGAGAGAGAUCAUGACGGCAAGAAGGCCCUCCAUUACCUUGGCGAUUGUGUGUCAGCUGAGGUCAGAGCACUUAUGGGAGGACUGCAACAGAGCAAGUACGGGGAGAAGACAGAAGAUGAUGAAUACAGAGAGCACUCAAAGGGCUUCAACACCAUCAGUAAACUGUUCCAGCCUCACAAGAAGCAAAAUACAACUAAAUUUGCUCAUGAAGGGUGA